UGGUUUGCAGGGAGGUGACAAGUGCCAACCAAAGCCUAUAAAAAUCUCCCAGCCCCUGCUCUGGCUCAGUGACCUGGUUCCCCCCCCCUCCCAGCACAGCCGUCCCGCAGCAGAGACCUUCUGCCCAGAGUGGGGACGCCUGGUCCAGAGCAGGGACUUCAGCCCCGGAGUCAAGAUCCCAAACCUGGAGCCCCCAGCAAUGACCGGCAAAACUGCACCUCCCGCCACCCACCCAGCUCCAGCAGAUCCAAAGAAAGAGCCAAGCCCAGAGAAAGAACCAGCACCAGCUCCAGCUGCUGAAGAACCUCCAAGCCCUGAGCAUCCCCCGGCUGCAGACCAGCCCUCAGCCCCCACAGAUGAAGCCACUCCUGUCCCCACGGCAGAAGGGACUCCAACCCCUGAGGAAGGUCCUCCAGCUCCUCCAGCUGAACCCCAGGCUCCAGCUCCUGAACCUGAGAAACCCAAGGCAGAGCCACCCAGCUCCCCCUUGUCCUUGGCUGUGGAAGAAGUGAGUGAAAACUCGGUGACACUGACCUGGAAAACUCCAGAGCAGACAGGCCGGGAGGGCCUGGAUGGAUACGUGGUGGAGAUCUGCAAAGAUGGAAGUACGGACUGGACAGCUGUGAACCAGGAGCCUUUUCUUUCCACCCGGUACGUGAUCCAGGACCUCAGCUCAGGUGACAAGAUCCAUGUCCGGGUGAAGGCUGUCAGUGCCAACGGUGCCAGUGUCCCAGCUGCUUUGGAGCAGCCUGUCACCAUCAGAGAGAUCCUCCAGCUUCCGAAGAUCCGCAUGCCCCGUCACCUGCGGGAGACUUAUUUCAGGCGUGUUGGAGAUGCUGUGAACAUUAUGAUCCCUUUCCAGGGAAAGCCACAGCCAGAGGUGACCUGGACCAAGGGUGGCCAGCCCCUGGACACCAGCCGUGUCAGCAUCCGCACCACGGGCAAGGACACCAUCUUCUUCAUCCGCACGGCCCAGCGCAGCGACUCGGGCAGGUACGAGCUCGCCGUGAGGAUAAAUGGAGCAGAGGACAAGGCCAUCCUGGACAUCCAAGUCAUUGAGCCACCGGGUCCCCCCCAGAACCUGAAGCUGGUGGAUGUGUGGGCCUUUAACGUGGCCUUGGAGUGGACACCCCCAGCGGACAACGGAAACUCCGAGAUCAAGGGCUACAUCGUGCAGAAGUCAGACAAGAAGAGUGGGAAGUGGUUCACGGCCCUGGAGCGCUGCACCCGCACCAGCUGCACCAUCUCUGACCUCAUCAUGGGCAACUCCUACUCGUUCCGGGUCUUUUCCGAGAACGCCUGCGGGCUGAGCGAGAGGGCAGCUGUCACCUCUGAGGUGGCCCACAUCAAGAAGACAAAAACUUCUUACCAGGCAGAGAAGAUCCCCCAACAGGACAUGAUGGAGCCUCCAAAGUUCACCCAACCCUUGACAGAUCGAACCACCACCCGGGGCUACAGCACACAUCUCUUCUGCUCCGUCCGGGGCUUCCCCCAGCCCAAAAUCAUCUGGAUGAAAAAUCAGAUGGAGAUACGGGAAGACCCCAAAUACAUCGCCAUGACUGAGCAGGGCAUCUGCUCCCUGGAAAUCCGCAAGCCCAACCCUUUUGAUGGGGGCAUCUACACCUGCAAAGCUGUGAACCCCCUGGGGGAAGCCUCAGUAGACUGCAGACUUGAUGUGAAAGUGCCCCAGUGAGGAGAGAUCCGAGGACAAGAUGAAGAGCAAGGUUGAUGCUGCUGGGCAGUAGUUGGCACGUGGUGAUGCUCCUGGCCAUGGCCUCUGCUGCCUGCUGACCUGCCCCUCCCUGGCAGAGCUCUGGGGGGGGCCUGCACCUCAGCCUGCCAUGGCAUGGUCCUCUCUGAAUGUGUCCUUAGCUGUGACAAUAAAACAAGCCCAUCUGAGGGGCUUUGGUUCUAAUAAAAACACAAAACCAAA